AUGAUAAUGAUGAAGCGCUACGUGCUGUGUAUCCUCGCUCUCCUACUCUCAUGUGCGUGUGUGCACGUCCUCGCUGAAGACUUACAGACAGUUAAUCAAAAUACUCAGUGCCCUCCUGAUGGUGCUUCUGGGUCUAACUGCACUGCUGGCGGUACUCAUGUCGCCCAACCUUCUCAUUGCACCGAUGGUACUACUGGCGAUCCUGAUACAUGUACUCCAAAGAAAGAAGCUCCUCCUUCUAAGUUACCUGAGGUACCAAAAGAAGUUGUUCCUGAGAAAAAAGUACCGGUUACUCCUCCUAAAAAGCCCGAAGCUCCUCCUAUUACAGUACCUGAGCCACCAAAAGAGGUGAUGAAUCAUGAACAAGAGGCUACACGUCCGGAAGAAGGUUCUGUACUAGUGCAAACACUACCCACCUCCACAUCGCCUACUUCAACUAGAGUGACAACAGAAAACGGUGCCCCAGAAUCAGGUGCAAAAUCAAGUGAUCCUGCUCAAGGCGCUGCUACGAUUAAUGAUUCUUCGAGCAUAGAAAAUCAAGUAACAGAAAGACAAGGAGAAGAGUCUACUGCAGAUAAACAAAGUAACGAAGAGGUGUCGAGUAACACAACUGUUAACAGUACAACUGCCGACUCUAAUGCUACCCAGCGAUCUCCUGAAGCUGCAGGUGCUGCUGCCGCACCAGACUCACAAGAAACCAAUCCCACUACUCCUUCAAGUCCCGAGAAUACUACCACAGAUGCACCAACCGCAACACCAUCUCCUGUAACCGAACCACAGAUCCACAACAUUGCGCCCAUUGUACAGAAGAAGGCUAAUGCUGACAGCAGCAGUAUCCGUUCUGUGUGGGUGGGUGUGCCACUACCGAUAGUGACUGUGUUGUUCUCCGUUACUGUGUACUGA